ACAAUCGCCUGUAAACCUUGAUACAAAAUGGCGCUACACAUGAGCUCUCGGUAGUGCUCCUCUUGGUUUUACCCACGGUUUUACUUUGGUACUCACUGUGUGUCUCCCCUACAACUUGCGAACUUUAUUCCAAAGCCCCUUGGUCGCUUCUUUUGUUACUGUAAGGGUUCAACUGCAAUGGAUGACUUACAUAGUGCCAGUGGCGUGGUGACGUUUACGUCCACAGACCGCGUGCCGCUGAAUGCCGUUAAACUUUCGAAAGCGCAAGCUGUGAAGUAUCAGUACCAGGUCGUCGACAACUGGAAGCCCAGGAGCGAUGUGUGGCCAAUAACAUGCGGCCCCCUAAUCUCUGGAUUGGCUGCAGCAGCGGGCGGCAUGAAGCUCAAUAGCAUCUUCCGAAGACACUACCAGCUGAAGACAUUUGCGAGAGUUGCAACUUACAUGCCCAUCGCCAUUCUGCCUGGAGGGGCUGCCCUGAUGUUGCAUACUGCCAUCUCUGCAGACAUUCUGAUCAUGAACACCAAGUGUGUGGUCUGCACACAGACAAAGGCCAUUGCAUGCCAGCUGGUCUUCGGCGUCCUCUACCCCUCGGUCAUUGCUCCCUUGGCCUGCCUAAGUUUUGCAGUGAGGUACAACACCUACGCAGUGCCGCCCGUCAAGACGCACUACAGGCAUAUCUUCAUUGACGCGACCACCACACUGAAGAAAAAAGGGAACACGUUGGCCGCUCUGUCGGCCGCUCAGUGCAUAGUUGCCUUCCUGCUCAUGCAUGGACAAAUGAAUAGCGUCUUCAAGAUGCAGAGGAAGCUGUCCGAGAUGUGAGGUCUUUCUGAAGGUGUAGGAAGUGGUUUAGAGGUAAAUGAACUUAAUAAAUUAUACAAUAGCACCAGA